ACCCAUGGCUAUUAGUUUUAGUGCCUCUCUUUCCCACUAUAUACAUACAAUACAUACACGUCUUUUACGCUACCACCGACCGUCCUCUCCUUCCCGCUCACCAAACCUAAAACCUCCUCCUCUCCUCCUUUAGUACAGGUGCGUCCUAUUCGCUUCUCUUCUUCCUUUUCAUCAUCGCACACUAUUUUCGCAUUAUCAUCGUUAUUAUUAUUAUUAUUAUAUUAUAUUAAUAAAUAACUUUCCGUUGCGCCGUUCCGAUUUUGCUGCUUUACCGUUUACUCAUCGCUUCAUGUUCUUAUCUUUUCUCUUUCUCUUUCGUUUUUUCUAAUUAAUUCUCUGAUUUCUUUCGAUCAUUAUUUUUGUUCCGAUAAUACUACGGAGUAGUUUUUUUUUUUUUUUUUGUAACCGGCGUUUUUGUUUUUUAAAUUUUUGCUCACAAACGAAAUCGUAUUUUAGGUCAAAUUUGUUUCAACUAGGUCAAUCGAUUUUGAUUCAAAUUUUAUAAAUAUCCUCAAAACGUUUGCUUAAUAUUAUAUAUUUAAUAUUUAAUUUGUUUUUAGUAUUUGUUUUGACAGAUUUUUAAGUACUGGAAUUUCAAAUAAUUAUGAUUGAUAGUUGAAAAUUGAUAAAUUACUGAUUAUUAGGUCAAACUCGCGAAGAACAUUUGGGAUAAGACUGUAAGUAUGCAAUGCAUGUUUUUUUUCUUCUUUUAAUCCUAAUUUGACAGAAUAGUAUAGUAUAGAGUUUAUAGAAAUACCGUACCGAUGGGGUUCAUGGGUAAGCACAACAAUGCUGGUGGAAAAGAUCCGGAUUUUGGUGCAAUCUUUAUGUCAAACAGUGGAUCCAAAAGAGAAUGUUUCCACAGGGGAUUAUUCGGGCUCCCGUCUUCUUAUAUCUCCUUUGUCGAGAAGAUUAAAGCUGGGUCGGCUUUGUUUUUAUUUGAAUAUGAGAAAAGAUUACUACAUGGUGUUUUCAAGGCUACUUGUGAUGGUGGUAUCAAUAUCGUUCCUAAGGCAUUCAAUUCGUUAGGGGUGCCAUAUCCUGCUCAGGUUAAGUUCGUUACAAUUUGGGAUUGUAAGCCACUCCCUGAAAGGAUAUUCCGAGAUGCAAUCCGAGAGAAUUACUUUACAUCAAGCAAGUUUCACUUUGGGCUAUCCGAAGAUCAGGUCUAUAAACUUCUACAUUUGUUCAGCAUGAACAAGCUAGAGCCGAAGAUUCCUAGGAGGCAUAUUUCUAGAACAGAUGAUAUGAAAUCAGAACGGUACCCGGUAGGUAAAGUUGGAAGAUCUGCUGGCCAUGGAAUACUCGAUGAAAGUGUUCAAAAUGACCAAGUUUUGGGUGACAAUGAUUCAUCCAUCUUGAUGCGUAAUUACCAAGGAGAUUCUACACUGUACAAUGGAUUCAGUGCGGAGGAUAUUUUAGUAAACAAACAAAGAAGGUCUUCUGAGCUUGGAAUGGACUAUACAAGUGGAUAUGUUGGUGAUUAUGUGCAUUCAAAUGAUGAAAACAGAUUUGCUGCACGCAACAAUGUAGAUUAUAUGGAUAACUAUGCUGCCAAUCCCACUCUGGAUACUGCAAAUGGAUAUGUUGGUGAUUAUUUGGCAGCAAAAGAUGACAGCAGGUUUAUGACCCAUGAAAACGAAGAUUAUAUGGGUACACACCGCAGGCCAUACACCGUAGGUGGAUACUCCAAAAUGCCAUCUGAUAAAUUUAGAGUUCACGGUGAUGGCAGGUCACCAAUUAGUGAUAGGUUGAUGGGUGAAGACUUAAGAAAGACGGAUAAGAGGAUGGUAUUUUCAGAUGAUAUUCAUGGGUUACAUGAUUCCAAUGUUGAUCUGCCUGUCUUCUACAGCAAGCCCUUUUUAGAGCAAAAUUCUUUGGUUGAAAAUCAUCUCAGGUCAACUUCUGAUAUGAUUCACCCAUUCCAUUUAAACACUUGUGCAACACAAGGAGACGAGAGUUCUAUGCUGUAUAAUUCAGAUGCUCCUGGCUUAAACGCCAGACAGUUAUCAUCUUUUGGAAAUAAUGGUUCUGAGUCAAUGACAGGUAGAGUUUCUCCUUCAACCAACUGCCGAAGGAAUUCAGUGAUGCAUACGGAACUGAAAGACAGAUACAAAUGGCAGAAUAUUGGUGAUUGUUUUUCAAAUUCUGUAUUGUACGGCGGUAACAGGGAUUGCAUGCCUUUCAAUGAGACUCAAAAUUCUGACCAGUUGGCAUCAGAAUCUGCUUUAUAUGAUGCUUGCAAUUACAUUCCUUCCUUAAAGUCUUCGCCAGCUCCUAUCCCGGCUUCAGAUAUUGGAAAUAGUGGCAGGACACAUGAACCAUUUUCUUCGAUGUUCCAUAACCAUAAAUCAUAUUUAGACAAUAAUGUUCAUCCCAUGGCAUUGCAAAACUAUCCGAGUCAUGAGAUAACACUACCAAAGAAAAAUGAAGCACUUGGUCCUGAUGUUCCUUUUGCAAAUGCGGAUCAUUUUCAAGUCCAAUAUGAUGAUCCAAUGGAUCGUGGAUAUGAUAUUGGAUAUUAUGAUGAUUCUCAAAAUAGCAAUCAUGGCCAUCCAAAGAGAAAAAGUACUGUGUUUGAUCGUUUAUCUUUUGCGCAGAAUGUUAACAAACGAAAAAGUGGAGACAAUGCACAAAAUGAUGAGUAUGAUUUCGUUACUUCAGUUGAUGACGUGAUGGAAAUGGUUCGUCAGAGUCACAACCACUCGAUGACAAAAAGAAAGCCAAAGCCUAGUCAGCGUGACAUUGCAGAAAGUUUGAGGAGUAAAACUCAAAUCAGUAGUCAGAAGAAGAAAAAAGAUUGCUUUGAAAGUGCUUUGGAACACAAAAAGGAUGAAAGUUUGAGGAAUAAAACUCAAAUCAGUAGCAGUAGUCAGAGAAAGAAGGGAGAUCACUUUGAAAAUGCCUUGGAACACAACAAGGAUGACAAAUUGAGGAAUAAAACUCAAAUCAGUAGUCCAAGGAAGAAGAGAGACUUCUCCGAAACUGUCUUACAACACAGCGAGGAUGAAAGUUUGAGGAAUAAAACUCAAAUCAUUAGUCUGAAGAAAAAGAAGACGGGAGAUUCCUCGGAAAAUGCUUUGGAAGAUCUAAAUACGGAUUCCACAACUGUGACUGGAAGCAGUCCUAAAACAAAAGCCAAAGAGGUAGAUUUUGUUGAUUUCAAGCGUCGAAGCAAGGUGAGGAAACAUACUGAUGAGAUUGAGAGAAGCUCCGAUGAGAGUAAAAAGAGUGAGAACUUGGUGAUUGUUCAACAAAAGAGAAGAAAGUUGGUCCGGCCUAAUUUCAACAAGAGUGCAUCUUUUGAAGACAAAGAUAAUGAUCAUGGCGCUUCUCAAAAUUUACAACUACCAUUGCCGAAUGGAAGUUGUAAUAAAGAUGUCAUUGAAAGCUGCUGUACGUUGGUGAAGCAAAGUGGUAAUGAUGGUGUUAAAGUAGAGGCUGAAGUGCAAAAUAUCAUUGAUCCAACAUAUUCUGAAGGUAAGAAUAGUAGUCAUGCUAUAAAAUUUAUCUGCAGUGAAGGAGGUGAAAAAGAGAACGCUAGCACCCUUGCUGCAUUAAAUGAUGGAUCAGAAUGUGUGGAUAACAAAAAUCACCAAGAUGUUUUGUUCUCAGCUUCUUGCAAUGAAGAGAGUUCUCAUACCAAGGAAGGUUCAUCUAUGAUGGAUAAUGUCAAAGCAGCAUCUCUGGUGACGGAAUCGAUGGAUGCAAUUUGUCAAGAAAAGGCAAAUGUUGGCACCCUUCCUGUAUUAAACUAUGGAUCAGAAUGUGCGGAUAACAAAAAUUGCCAAAAGAUUUUGUCCUCAGCUUCUUGCAAUGAAGGGAGUUCUCAUGCCAAGGAAGGUUUAUGUUUGAUGGAUAAUGAAAAAUCAGCAUCUCUGGAGACGGAAUCAUUGCAUGCAAUCUAUCCAGAAAAAGCAAAUGUUGGCACCCCUCCUCCAUUAAAUGAUGGAUUGGAAUGUGUGGAUAACAAAAAUCACCUAAGUGUUUUGUCGAGUUCUCAUACCAAGGAAGGUUUAUGUAUGAUGGAUACCAAGGAAGGUUCAUGUGUGAUGGAUAAUGUAAAAUCAGCAUCUUUGGAGACAGAAUCAUUGCAUGUAAUUUGUGAAGAAAAAGCAAACAUUGGCACCCUUCGUCCAUUAAAUGAUGGAACAGAAUGUGCCGAUAGCAAAAAUCACCAAAAGGUUUUGUCUUCAGCUUCUUGCAAAGAAGGGAGUUCUCAUACCAAGAAAGGUUCAUGUGUGACGGAUGAUAUAAAAUCUACAACUCUGGAGAAUGAAUCAUUGAAAGCAAUUUGUCUAGAAAAUUGUGCAAAUAAGAUCAUGUGUGCUGACCGUGGUAUCAAUGCCGAUGAUGAAAUGCCAAAAGAUUGUGGCUCCUUCUCCAUUGAAGCUAAAGAUGGAUCUGAAUAUUUAGGUAACUCUGGUAAUGAAAAAGCUCCAAUUGAAACUUCUUGUCACAUUGAGGCUUGCAGGUAGAAUCAGUAUCUCUAGGCACAUGAUCAUGGCAUUCAACUUGUCAAGAGCACCAUUUCGAUAAAGAUCAUAUAUGUGCUGACAGAGGUAUUGUGAUACUGAAAAGUGAAUUUCAAAAAGAUGGCAACAACUUCUUUCCUGCUGAAGUUAAAGACGGGUCUGUCAAUUUUUCAACACUCCGGGGAUGUAAUGCUCCAAUUGCUACUUGUGGACAAAGGAUGCUGAGUGUUCAUCGAGAGCUCACAUAUGCCAUCACUCAAUGGACUGGUAGAAGGUUCAGAAACAUGUGAAGGAACGUUCUGAGAAUGUGAGAGAUACUGUUAUUUUGAAGAGGUAGUAGUUUAUUUUUCUUUCUUUUUUUACAGAUGGUAGAGGUUGUAGUUAGUAGUAGAAGUAUCUCAAUUUCUCUAAAGUGAGCAUUCCAAGUAAAGUGAGUAAUAUCAAUCGUUCAUGAAUUAAUUAAUGGUUGAUAUUAUGGGUAGCUGAAGUAUCUACCCUUGAUUUCUUUUUCUUCACUUUAGGAACUACUCAUUUUAGUGUAUUUGGAGACUCUUCUUGUUUAGUGUCAGUGUGUCACAGUGUUGCUUUGCGUUUGUUCCAAAGCUACAACUAUUAGCUUUUGAGUUGAAUGUCCAUUUGGGUGUUGGCAUAGUGUUUCCAAAGGUAUCAUUAGACAGUGUUCCCCCCGAAUGUGGAAAGAACAAUUGUUUUGGCUUAUGUUUCGGUUUAUAACGAAAGUAGAUUAAUUACACUUGUGGUCUUUUUAGUUUGAAUCA